AGUGCAAAUAUUUAUGAUAACAAAUAACGCAAAAUAAUGAGCUAUGCGAGGUGGGGCGAGGGAAACGGAGGUGAGCCGUGAAAUGUAAUAUGUGCUGAUAGGGCAUUUUAAGCGCGGAAUGCCGAGUCGCCAGGAGACGUUUGCCAGUUUGGCAAAAACCAUCGGCACUUUGGUGCACGAACAAAGCAGUUUUGCCAAUUACUACCCACUUGGUUGCAUGUACACUUGGUGCCCGAAAUAAAUGUUGUGACUAUGAUAGCGCAAUUCUUUCGAUAAAUCCAUCCGAACGAACAUAUUUUUGUUCGAGGGGAAAGUGAAGGUUUUACGUAUUGGUCAAAGUAACCACGUAUCUUACACUUUACCGUAAACUGGAAUCGCGAUGCCGCCCAACGCCACCUGUGCCGAUCCCGAUUUGCGCACCAGACCCGGUGAAGCCGAGCUGACCGCGCGAAAGGCCCGCGAAGAUGAGCCGGAGGACGGUGCAGUCCUCGCCGAAGACGACAAAUACAAUAGCCGCGAAAAGACUCGAGGACCCUUUGGCUUUAAAACGAGCAUCAAGUGGUCCAACACGUUUUACCUGGUGGUACUGCACUCGCUGGGGUGCUACUACCUGCUGACCUUUCCAUAUCUCAGCCACUGGAGAACAGUAAUGUGGGGUAUGCUUUUAGGUUUGGUGGGUGGAUUCGGGGUGACCGGUGGCGCCCAUCGCUACUGGACCCACCGAUCGUACAAGGCCAAUCUACCGAUGCGCGUGCUGUUGAUGCUAUGCUACUGCUCUGCCGGACAGAAUAGCAUUUACGAUUGGGUGAGGGACCAUCGCGUGCACCACCGAUACAGCGAGACGGACGCCGAUCCGCACAACAGCAACCGAGGCUUCUUCUUCGCUCACGUGGGCUGGCUCAUGCUCCGAAAGCACCCCGAAGUCAUCAGAAGGGGCAACGAGGUCGACAUGAGCGACAUCACCGCAGAUCCCGUAGUCAAAUUCGCACAAAAGUAUUUCGUGCCGUUGAAGUUACUUUUGGCCUUCGUGCUGCCGGUCGCCAUACCGGUGUACCUAUGGAACGAGAGCUGGUACCUGGCAGCCGUGUCGCAGUGCUUCAUGCGCUACAUGCUGUCGCUGAACUUCACGUGGAGCGUCAACAGCGCGGCCCACCUCUGGGGCAACAAGCCCUACGACAAGAGUAUAGGACCCGCGGAGAACAGGCUCGUGUCGUUCCUCGCCGUGGGGGAGGGCUGGCACAACUACCACCACGUUUUUCCCUGGGACUACAAGGCGGCGGAGGUGGGCUACGAUUUCAACCUGACCACGGGGAUCAUUGAUUUUUUCGCCCUCGUCGGUUGGGCCUACGACAGGAAGCAGCCGUCACGGGAGCUCGUCGAGUCCGUCGUGCAAAAGAGAGGUGACGGCUCGCAACGCGCCGACACGAAGCAUCGUUGAUUGCGUGCAUUGGUCUGCUGUUCACGCGCGCCGUUGUACCAACCAGCGGGUCAUUUGUUUAAUAUUAUGUAUGACGUUUCUUUUUUUUUUUUUUUUUUUUUUUUGUUUUGUUUUUUUAUCACGUGUUGGGUCAAAAAGAGCAGUUAUCCGCUUGAAUGGCCAAGGUCUCAUGACAAACCAGACGCGCUUCGGGGGAAGAGGUGUAUAAUCUCGCGAUAAGAUGUAGUCUUUAUUUUCUUCUUUCUCUACAAUUUUAUUUAUUUCGUCCUAGUUAACAAUUUCAAAAGCAUGUUCUACUUAUUAAUUGGCUUUUUGCAAUUUCAUAUCAAGUGCAGGUACAAAUAAUGACAUAUUAUGUAUGGACAUAUGAAAAAAAAAAAAAAA